AUGGCGCUAGUGUCCGGCCCAGGUAGGGCUGGAGGCACUUUAUCAGACCAGGAGCUGCACGUCGCAAAGCAUGUUGCUUACAUUAAGAACCUGGACACUCGAAAAGAUGAGCUGGAAUACUGGUUGACAGAACACUUACGCCUCAAUGGGGUUUAUUGGGGGCUGACUGCUCUCCACCUGCUUGGACAUCCCGAUGCUUUGCCUCGCGAUGAAACUAUUGACUUCGUGCUUUCCUGCCAGAAUGACAAUGGAGGUUUUGGUGCAGCCCCCGGUCACGAUGCGCACAUGCUCUACACAGUCUCUGCAGUGCAGAUUCUGGUCACCAUUGAUGCAGUGGAUGAGCUUGAGAGGCGUGGCCUUGGGGGUAAGCGGAAAGUUGGGUCCUUCAUUGCACACCUACAGAACAAGGAUGAUGGCUCCUUUAUGGGAGAUCAGUGGGGUGAGACAGAUACCCGUUUCCUCUACGGUGCACUGAACGCUCUGUCUCUCCUGGAUCUGUUGAAUUUGGUCGACGUUCCAAAAGCCAUCUCAUACAUUCAGAGCUGCGAGAAUCUCGAUGGCGCCUACGGUGUCACUCCUGGCGCGGAGUCUCAUUCGGGCCAAGUAUUCACCUGUAUUGGAGCUUUGGCCAUCGCCGGACGGAUGGACUUGGUCAAUAAGGAUCGACUCGGCGCAUGGUUGAGCGAGCGUCAAAUAGAAAAAGGAGGUUUCAACGGCCGACCAGAAAAACUACCAGAUGCAUGCUAUGCCUGGUGGGUUGGAUCAAGCUUGGCCAUGAUCGAUCGACUUCAUUGGAUCGACAGCAGAAAACUUGCUUCUUUCGUUCUUCAGUGCCAGGAUCCGGAAGCUGGCGGCUUUGCUGAUCGCCCCGGUAACAUGGUCGACGUCUACCAUACGCACUUCGGCAUUGCAGGGCUCAGUCUACUGGGAUAUGAAGGAUUGCAAGAAGUAGAUCCAAUUUAUCCUUCCGGACUUGGAUCUGGAAUCAUGGCCAUCUCGAAGCUGGAGUGCAUGAUCUGCCCUCGGCAGGGCUCUUUCAGUGAUGUCUCUCAUCUUCUGACUCAUCUUUCAUCCAAGGCUCACUUGGCUCACCAGUUCAAGCUUCAAGUUCGCAGCUACAAGCACGACGACGCUGCGGAUUUACUGGAGGCAUUCAAUCAGUGGUACGAUGCCAAUGGCAUCGCCAAGAUGCUUUCAGAUCGAGCUGCAUCGAAGAUUGGUCGCACCAGCAAAAGAAAAUCAGACGACACCACGUCAACUCCCUCGGUGUCCAGCGGGACCGCCGAGACCUCCCUGCCUAGCAAUGCCACUUCUGAUCAUUUGAAGGCACCGCCUGGUUCUCCUAAUAAUUUUGACCGAUUCUUCGCAGAUCAUUGUCCUGCAGGCGAGACUUCAAUGACGACUCACCAGAAUUCCUUAAUGCCAGCCUCGAGCAAAUCUGCAUGCAUCGCGAAUGGUCUGUCCAAUUGCCCCUCGCAAGCGGACUCCAACCUGCAUCCGAUGACUGAUGACAAAGACAACGCUCGAUCGAUGGCACUUCCAGAGAACAACACAUUGUUUCCUGUGACCCCGACCCGACCUCCGCGCAAGGAACGCAAGAAACAUUCCAAUCAGCCGAACUUUGAGAACAAUCCAUUCGUCGUGAGCCAAGUUCAACGCAGGAAGGCUGACAAGGAGAAUGUUGUCGUUGUACGAGAUGAAAUCGUUCGGCUCAAAGGUGCACUGUGGCCUGGCAUGGACGUCUUCGAUGCGGCCACACUGGCAAUGCGGAAGUUGCGCAACCAGAAGAAGGAUGGCAGCGCUUUGAAGCAGAUGGAAAUGACUUCACGUCUGGUGGAGCCCACUGAGCAGAUCUACUCGUAUGAAGGAGCUUUGCUCAAAGAGCGUGUGAUCACAGGUGACAUUGAAGAUGACAGCCCUCUGGAAGGUGAAAGUCCUAUUCCCAUAAAGCCACCGCGCUUCAAGCCUGUUAUCCUGCGUGACAAUGAUCCCAAUGUCCAUAUGGAUCGGUAUCGAAAGCGUCCGAAACCAGACGCACACCGAACGGCAUCUUCGAAAACUCGGGCAACUCCUCAGCCUGCAAUAUUCAAUUACACAAAGGGCUCUUUUGGAUCGGCUCUCACAGGAGACUCGGCAGGGGAUUCGGACUUGACACUAUCCACAGCAGCAAUCCAUGGAGCGCGAGCUCGUACGGGUUUCGCUGUCUACAGAGACAACAAGGACCAGACCACACGCGGAAUUAUGAGGGAGGAUCAUCUCACCGACUUCCAUACCGUGGGCGGCACAUUGACUCCAGCCCGACUUAUUCGCGAUCACAAAUUAAACACAUACACUGAUGAACAUAGCAUUCAGUCCCCGGAUAAGAGAGCGAACCAAGAUCCUUUGUUGGGUAUGGGGGCUCGCAUUGACUCUCCACUGUGGAAUCCAGUGGGUGCAUGUUGGAGGAACCACGAUCCGAACAUAACUGACUACAUGGAAUCCAGCUUCUUUGAGAGUGACGCGGUGUCUGGUUUUGGAAAUGUCGCUCUGGAAAGUCGUGGUAGAGACGGCGACCAUGACCAUUUCCCACCAGCUCCAGCAUUCAAGCUAACCUCGUUUCAUCGCCAAUCCUUUAACGAGGAGACCAUCGACAAUGCUGGCUGGGCAGGUCUUUCUCCCGCCGGAUCCUCUCAAGCUACCAUAUCUGAGGCGGGUACUCGGGAUCUGUCCCAGAUACUGAGCUGGUUGAACAUCAGCGUCUUGGCAAGUACCGUGCUUCAAUGUCUGGUGCAGUGUUGCUUUAAUUGGGGCAAGUCACAACCGAAUUUCUCUGGUGCCGAGCUUUCCAAACACAAUGGCACCCCCAUCCUCCCAAUCCUCUACAUCCUCUCCGUCCUUGAAGCGCAAGCAAGCGACAAUUUCAAGCUUUUUCACACAGAAGCCGUCUCCAACCCCCAAAAAUCUAGUGAGACCCGAAAUACCUCCGUCGGAAAAAAUUCUCCCGACAAGAGCAACGUCAUCACCGCAAGGCUCCGUUUCGGAACCGAAUCACAAGAUCCCGGGCAGGAAGAUGACGAAGAGGAGGAAGACGCCAUAGUUCGGCCUGCCAAACGAGCUCGGAGUAAUCGUCUCAAGCCAGUGGACAAUGUGGUCGAAUCACUUGCGCAGACUUCUCAACCCUCUCAGCCCCAACCCAGCAGUAGCCAACGGACCGAUAUCUUCAAGUUUCAAAGUUCACCCGCAGUGGCACCAACAAAUAAUGGAGGGGAUGACCCAGAUGAGGCCAUGAGGAGGGAGGAGAAAGAGCGUUUGCAUCAAAAAUUCGUCAAGAAGCUCGGUGGUCCUGAUUGUCUGAUCGGCAUCGGCAGGUCUAUGACCAGUGAUCCCACCGGCGGCGCAGCCGAGGCCGAAGAAGACGAGGAGGAUGAUGAGCCCGCGCCUCCGACGAAAGGGAAAGGUGCUGCGAAAAAAGGUGGAAGUAAGCUUACGCCGAUGGAGAAGCAGGUCAUUGAAAUCAAGCGCAAACAUAUGGAUACUGUGCUCGUCAUCGAGGUUGGAUAUAAAUUCCGGUUCUUUGGCGAGGAUGCCCGAAUUGCAGCAAAGGAAUUGGGAAUCGUCUGCAUUCCUGGGAAAAUGCGGUUUGACGAGCAUCCGUCCGAGGCGCAUCUCGACCGGUUUGCGUCCGCCAGUAUUCCGGUGCAUCGGCUGCACGUCCACGUUAAGCGCCUCGUCACUGCAGGCCACAAAGUCGGUGUAGUUCGACAAGUUGAGACGGCGGCACUCAAAGCCGCGGGCGACAAUCGCAACGCACCUUUUGUUCGCAAAUUGACCAACCUGUACACCAAGGGAACCUACAUUGACGAUAUUGAAGGGCUGGAUGGUGCAAUGGCUGCUGCCGGGGGUGCUUCACCGGCAACAGGCUUCAUGCUUUGCAUGAUGGAGACCAAUGCCAAGGGCUGGGGCAAUGACGAACGUGUGCAUGUUGGUAUUGUCGCCGUCCAACCUGCGACGGGCGAUGUGAUAUAUGACGAUUUCGAGGAUGGCUUCAUGCGCAGCGAAAUUGAGACGCGGCUUUUGCACAUUGCGCCUUGCGAGAUACUCAUUGUUGGCGAGAUGUCGAAAGCGAGUGAAAAGCUCGUACGUCAUUUAUCGGGAAGCAAAAUGAAUGUCUUUGGAGACGCGGUGCGUCUGGAACGAACCUCGAAGAAGAAGACGGCAGCCGCUGAGGCGCACAGCCAUGUCACCAGCUUCUAUGCUGGUAAGAUGAAAGACACGGGCACGGAAGAGGACGCAAAGGCUGUCAGAUUGUUGCAGAAUGUGCUUGGAUUGCCCGAGCAUGUGACCGUCUGUCUUUCUGCCAUGAUUGAGCACAUGACUGAGUACGGGCUCGAGCACGUCUUCGAUCUGACGAAGUACUUUCAGCCCUUUUCAGCCCGCUCGCAUAUGCUUUUGAACGGAAACACCCUGGUCAGUCUGGAGAUAUAUCAGAAUCAAAAUGACUUCUCGGCAAAAGGAAGCCUAUUUUGGACGCUGGACCGAACGCAGACCAGAUUUGGACAACGACUUCUGCGACGCUGGGUCGGGCGGCCACUGCUCGACAAAGUCCGCCUCGAAGAGCGAACAGGUGCUGUCGAAGAGCUCACAGAUCCAGCUCGCACGGUGAUGGUGGAGCGAAUUCGCAGCUUGCUUGGUAAAAUCAAAAGCGACUUGGAAAAGAGUCUGAUUCGAAUUUAUUAUGGCAAGUGCACGCGACCAGAACUGCUCACCGUUCUGCAAACCAUGCAGACCAUAGCAAUGGAAUUUGCCGAUGUGAAAUCACCGGCUGAUUCGGGAUUCGAGUCGUCUUUGGUCAGCGAUGCGAUUGCAUCCUUGCCAGUGAUAUUAAAGGAUGUUGUCCGAUUCUUGGACAAAAUCAAUCUUCACGCCGCCCGGAACGACGACAAGUACUCUUUUUUCCGUGAAGAAGAGGAAACAGAAGAGAUUAGUGAGGAAAAGCUGGGGAUCGCUAGCAUCGAGCACGAGCUCCAAGAACAUCUCACGGUUGCCGGUGAGCGUAUCCAAAGGAAAGGGGUCAAAUAUGCAACAGUAGCGGGCAUCGAGUAUCUUAUUGAGAUCGAAAACAAUUCGCUGGGUAUCAAGAAAGUUCCGGCAUCAUGGAUCAAAGUGAGCGGGACGAAACGAGUUUCGCGAUUUCACACUCCCGAAGUGGUUCAACUCAUUCGGCAGCGAGAUCAGCACAAGGAAGCGUUGGCCGCGGCGUGUGACAAAGCCUUUGCAACGCUCCUCGCGGACAUUGCCGUCCAGUAUCAAUCCUUCCGAGACUGUGUUCAGUCACUUGCGACACUGGAUUGCCUCCUUUCUCUAGCUACCAUCGCUCAGCAACCGGGCUAUGUCAAACCCGAAUUCACCGAGCAGCCAUGUCUUCACGUCGAGCAAGGUCGCCAUCCGAUGGUUGAGCGAAUCCUCACGGACAGCUAUGUUCCCAAUGACACUCAUCUCGACCAAGAUGGAACACGGGCACUCCUCGUCACAGGUCCUAAUAUGGGUGGAAAGUCUAGUUUUGUACGACAAGUUGCCCUCAUUGCAAUAAUGGGUCAAAUAGGCUCUUAUGUGCCCGCCGCCUCGGCCAAGCUCGGCCUGCUGGAUGCUGUGUUUACCCGCAUGGGCGCCUUUGACAACAUGCUUGCUGGUGAGUCGACAUUCAUGGUUGAGCUUUCGGAAACAGCCGACAUCUUGAAGCAAGCCACGCCACGAUCAUUAGUGAUCCUGGACGAGCUAGGUCGUGGCACAUCAACACAUGAUGGAGUGGCCAUUGCGCAGGCAGUGCUGGACUAUAUGGUCCGAAACAUUCGAUCAUUGACACUUUUUAUUACCCAUUACCAAUAUCUCUCACGUAUGGUGCGCUCUUUCCCGAAUGGAGAGCUUCGAAACGUUCAUAUGCGUUUCACCGAGUCGGAUGAGAAGGACGGAGAUGAGAACAUCACAUUCUUGUACGAGGUGGCCGAGGGCGUGGCUCACCGAAGCUACGGAUUGAAUGUAGCUCGUCUGGCGCAUUUGCCCUCCACAGUAUUGGAGCUCGCCAAAGCCAAAAGCUCCGAGUUGGAGGACACGAUCAAGAGAAAAAGACUGGCUGCGCUCGUUCAGGUCGUCAGCAAGGUUGUUACUUGCCCUGAUGCUGCUGUUGCAGGCUCAGCAGAGGAUGACUUGCUUGAGCGGUUGAUCGCCAGUGUGGAGCAGCUGUAG